AUGUUUUCAACUGCACGUCCAGAUACCUUGUUUUUAGGUGCACAAAAGAUUAGUGGAGAUGAUGUUCGUACUCAAACUGUUCUUGCAGCUCAAACAGUCGCCAAUGUUGUUAAAUCAUCCUUAGGACCAGUUGGAUUAGAUAAAAUGUUAGUUGAUGAUAUUGGUGAUGUUACAGUUACAAAUGAUGGGGCUACUAUUUUAUCUUUAUUAGAUGUUCAACAUCCAGCAGGUAAAAUUCUUGUUGAAUUGGCUCAACAACAAGAUCGUGAGGUUGGUGAUGGUACUACUAGUGUAGUUAUCAUUGCUGCUGAAUUAUUAAAACGUGCUCAUGAAUUAGUUAGACAUGGUAUCCAUCCAACUACAAUUAUCAGUGGUUAUAGAUUGGCUUUAAGAGAAUCCAUUAGAUAUAUUAAUCAAGUAUUAUCACAAAAUGUUGAUCAAUUGGGUAAAGAAACACUUGUUAAUAUUGCUAAAACUUCAAUGAGUUCGAAAAUCAUUGGUUCUGAUUCUGAUUUCUUUGGUAAGAUGGUUGUUGAUGCUAUGUUGGCUGUUAAAACCACCAAUAGUAAAGGUGAAACCAAAUAUCCUGUUAAAGCAGUUAAUAUUUUAAAAGCACAUGGUAAAUCUGCUUUAGAAUCUGUAUUAGUUGAUGGUUAUGCUUUGAAUUGUACUGUUGCUUCUCAAGCUAUGGUUAAAUCAAUCAAGAAUGCUAAAAUUGCUUGUUUGGAUAUUAAUUUACAAAAAGCUAGAAUGGCCAUGGGGGUCCAAAUCAAUAUUGAAGAUCCAGAUCAAUUAGAAGAAAUUAGAAAAAGAGAAUAUGGAAUUAUUAUUGAAAGAAUUCAAAAGAUUUUAGCUAGUGGAGCUAAUGUUAUAUUGACAACUAAAGGUAUUGAUGAUUUAUGUUUGAAAGAAUUUGUUGAAAAGGAUUGUAUGGCUGUUAGACGUUGUAAAAAAGAAGAUUUAAGAAGAAUUGCACGUGCUACUGGUGCUACUUUGGUAUCAUCUUUAUCUAAUUUGGAAGGUGAAGAAACAUUUGAAUCAUCUAAUUUAGGAUCAGCAGAAGAAGUUGUUCAAACCAGAAUUAGUGAUGAUGAAUGUAUUUUAAUUAAAGGUACUAAACAACAUUCAUCAAGUUCUAUAAUAUUGCGUGGACCAAAUGAUUUCUCCUUGGAUGAAAUGCAAAGAUCUAUUCAUGAUUCUCUUUCUGUUGUUAAACGUACAUUGGAAAGUGGACAUGUUGUUCCGGGUGGUGGUGCUGUUGAAACCGCGUUGAAUAUUUAUUUGGAAAAUUUUGCCACUACAGUUGGAUCUCGUGAACAAUUGGCUAUUGCUGAAUUUGCCAAUGCAUUAUUAGUUAUUCCAAAAACAUUAGCUCUGAAUGCUGCUAAAGAUGCUAGUGAUUUAGUUGCCAAAUUAAGAACUUAUCAUGCUGCUGCACAAAUUGCUAAAACUGAUGAUGAAAAACGUAGGAAGUAUAAGAAUUAUGGAUUGGAUUUAAUUAAUGGUAAAAUUGUUAAUGAAGCUACUAAUGGUGUUUUGGAACCAACAGUAUCAAAGAUUAAAUCAUUAAAAUCAGCAUUAGAAGCUUGUGUUUCUAUUUUAAGAAUUGAUACUAUUAUUGAAGUUCAUCCUGAACCACCAAAGGAAGAUCCACAUGAUCAUUAA